AUGGCUAACGUAAAAAAUAGAUUAAAGACACCUAAAAAGGACUCACAUAAGAGUAAGAGUAUUGGUAAAAAUACUCAAACAUCAACAGGUACCAAUGAUGCAUCAUUCUCUCACAUAGUCAUGAAAAGACCCAGUACAAUACAACCCUUAAUAGCAGAAGAAAAAUUGCAACUAUUUCUUAAGAAUGGCCAUCUAAUUAAAGAUAAACUCAAAAAGAAGACAUCUGGCAAAAACGAUAGAAAUAAAUUAGAUUUAGUUAAAGGGAGCUUAAUGUCAAAAAGUGGACGAAUAAAAACUAAAAAGAAGGAUCAUUUGAAGUUUCUUGAUAAUAUUUUAAAAAGUGAGUUGUUAAUUCAAGAUAACUCUGACAAAAAUAAAAGAAAAAGUCCAGAGGCAGAUGGGCUCAAUAAUAAUGAUAAGGACUUAAGUGAUCAAAAUGGCAUAACUGCUUCCACUGGUAUUAAAACUUCUUUAAACAGUGAAUCUAAAAAAAAGAAUUCAAAGCAAAAUGGAAAAGAGUCAAAAAGAAAUAAAAGAAAAGAAGAAAAACAUAAGAAUGAACUGUUGAUGGCUAAACAAUGCCUUACCUACAAUAAAUCUUCAAAGAGACCCAUAUUUCAGUGUGAUUACUGUCAAAAAUUUUUCAUAAAUAAAACAUCAUUACGUAGACAUAUUUAUGUACACCUUAAAGUAGUUCCACACUCCUGUAACUUCUGUUAUAAAAGAUUUUUCAUAAAACAAAAUAUGGAGACACAUCUGAAACUGCAACAUGCGCAGGGUCUGAAGAUUGCAGAUCAUUAUGUUUGCCGCAUCUGCGAAGAACCAUUCUUGCUAAAAGAUAAUUUAGAUUUGCAUAUGACAACACAUGUGAAAAAUGAAAAUUUGCUAAAGUGUGUAUUCUGUAACAAGAAGUUUAGUCAUCAGGUACUACUAAAUGAGCAUGAAAAAGAACAUAUAGUCACUGGUAAAUACCAAUGUACUGUUUGUGAAAUGAGUUAUGACUGCAGAAGCAAUUUUGCACGUCACAUUAAAAGUCAUUUGAAAAUCAAAGAUUUUAUUUGCCAACAUUGUGGCAAAGAGUUCUUACGACUCAAUUCAAUGAGGAGACAUGUCCAGAUUUGCCAUGGUGGAGAAACAAUACAAUGCCCAGUUUGUAAGAAGAACUUAAAGGGGCAUUUGACUGAGCACUUACGCACUCAUGAGAAAAAGCGUCCUCAUAAAUGUCAAGAUUGUGGCCAAAGAUUUACUCAAUCUACACAGUUGAACGUUCACCGCCGAUCACAUACAGGUGACAGACCAUAUCCAUGCAGGAUUUGUGAUCGCCCAUUCUCACAUUCCAAUGCACUAAUGCUACAUAUUAGAAGACACACAGGAGAAAAACCUUUCACAUGUGCAAUGUGUCCACUGUCCUUUUCACAGUUGCCUCAUAUGAAGGCUCACAUGCGAAAUAUUCAUGGUAAAGACCACCCCUACAAAUGUGGUAAAUGUAAUCAGUUCUUUAAGCUGAAAGCUCAAUUAGACAGCCACUUAAAAAUAUGUAAGGUUGGCGAUACUGAAAGAUCAUUUGAAGGAUCAAACGGGCUGCCUAAGAAAUAUGAUGAAAUUGAAGUUGAAUCGGUUAUGACUUUGUCACGUAUGAGGUUCCUGCUGGCACUUCUUCUUACUAUGAUUGCAACCAAAGAGAAACUCAAAUACUUAGGAUUCAAUAAACGCCUCAUUGAUGACCUUCUUUUGGAAUCACUUGAGGCAAUGGGUCAUACACCGUGUCGAGAUGAGUCUUUGUCACCAUUGAAGCGUCUCAGAAACAAUAUAGAAAUAUUACUUAAUGGCACUGUUCCUAAGGAACAAAUGGAAAAAUUUCGAAAGGAAAAUAAGACCACAGAAGAAUUGUUGGAACUACUGACUAAUGAGAAAAAAAACAAGUAA